UCGACUUGUCCCGGCCCACCCGGGAAAUGGUCGGCGCCCACCCGGAGCUGGAGGAGCGAGCCAAAGUAUUAAGAAGCCAGCCUGCUCAGACCGUGGGGCCCAAAGGACUUCUCUAUGUCCAGCAAAGAGAAUUUGCAGCAACUACUCCUAAGGAUGGUUCUGUUUCUGUUCUUGGAUCAGAGGAUGCCACUACCUGUCACUUAGUUGUACUUCAGCACACUGGUAGUGGGGCUACCUGCCUGACUCACUGUGAUGGAUCAGAUACAGAAAUGGAGGUGUUAUUAAUUACGAAUGCUGUCAAAGUGCUUUCUCCUAACCCAGAAUGUGGAAGGUUGGAAGUACACCUGGUUGGAGGUUUCAGGGAUGACAGGCGCUUAUCCCAGGAACUUACCAAUCAACUCCUGCGAGCAUUUGACCACUUGCAGGACUCUAUCCAUUUAGUGACAUUCUGUGUGACAGAACUGAAUGACCGGCAGGAAAAUGGAAAUCAUUUCCCAUUUAUUUAUGGAAUUGGUGUAAAUGUUAAAACAGGAGAUAUUUUCCAUGCAACAUUUCCAGACCGGGGACCUGAUGAAGAUUUGCGAUCUGCCAGUACCUUAACAGGAGCUAAAAUGGUUAACAUUUAUGACUCAAGAAAAGAGCAACUCUGUAUUGGGCCUUACUACUGGAUGCCUUCCCCCGUUGUAGAUUUUUGGCUGGAGCAGGAUGAUCAAUACAUAUUGCAGACUUUGUCUACUUCGCCUUUGGCUGAACCACCUCACUUCGUUUCCCAUAUAAGAGCAACCCUGAUGUACUUAAAAGAGCACCCUUUUCCAGAUAUGACUCUUUUCCCUAGCAAGAAACCUUGGAUAUACAAGAAGAACAGCAAUGGCCUCUGGGAGAGAGUCUCUUCAGAUCAGAUCUGAUCAUAACAAGAAGCUAAGAAAACUCUUGAAGAUGCGUUCUGCCAAAGGAAGAGUGGCCUUUCCGAGUGCUUCGUAAAUUGCUUCAUAAGUAGAGAUAGGGGUAUUCGUAUAAAAAUAUCCCCCACAGGUGCACAUAUGCACCGUCCGCUCACAAUUCUGCCCCUGCUGCGGGCUCCGUGCUCCCUCCCUAUCACUCUGGAGCUCGCGAUGGAUUAACCACUUUUGGCAGAAGACGGGAUAACGAGACUCUCUGCUAGGUUGACGAGCGGCUCGCCGAUCACGCGCUCCGGAGUGAUAGGAACGGUGUGUGGUGCUCGCGGAAGAAUUGUGAGUGGAUGGUUUGGCCCCCCUCAUUAUCUGCACCUGUGGGGGGGAUAUUUGUAUAUGAAUACACCCAUCUCUAUUCAUAAGACAAACAGCAUUCACCAUAUGUAGAUGGUGUCACAUUCUCCAAAACUACUAAGUUCCAAAAUAUCCUAAUUGUUAAAUACAAAUAUUGGUGCAGGGUGAAAAUAGGAGCUCCAACGCUUAGUGCACCUAGGAGAGGACCCCAGCAGAAGCAGGGAUCCAAGCCAGUUGGCCUGGUGUAUCAAGUGUUGACACUGACUUUGAGGUAAUUACAGGAUCAAGGGCAAAUGUAGACCAACUUGAGGCAGAUCUGUGUGAACAGUUGAGUCUGUUGGGUAGAUGGGAGUGGACUCUAACUCCAUCUUCCACUUGUCCUGCCAAACGAGUGUGGCAAGGACUAACUUCUGUAAGGAAGGUGAUGGAUCAGAAGGGUGGAAAUUUGUGAAUGGGUGAGUGACAGGUAGAAGGUCAAGCGCUGCAUUUAUGUAUGGGAGAGCUGAUGGAAUGUGUUCUGUGUUUGGCCCCUAGCGUCUCUGGUUGCAGGAGGUUGGGGGGAGUUAUAGGCAGAUACGGAUGCUCAGCAGUGUAGUUCAGGAGAGGAUGCUUUUCUGUGCUCUGAUACUAGUUUUGUCUAAUGUUUCUGAAAUCACCAAAUAUUGUAGUAACAAUAACAAGGGUAGUAUUAUCUUUAGAGACUGUAGAGGCUCCAAAUUUUUUUUUCAGGAACAACCAUUGCUUGCCUCUGGUUAUUCCAAUGCAAGAUGAACGGGAGCCAUUUAACAUUAGCGUUUAGGCUGAAUCUUGCACAGCCAAAGAUGAACUGCUACAACAAUGUGUGGUGCCUCCUUGUGAAUCUUGGCAUUUUUUAAAAAUCGCUGCUACACAGCAAAAUAGGCCUAUCAGGGUAGCCCAUUGUGCAUCAAACUUGUGCUAUAUCUGCCUCCUUGGCCAUCAUCUCUAUUCAGUAUGGUUAAGUAAUGAAAUCUAUUUGAGUUUGGGGUUCUAAUGUUAUAACCUAUCACAGUCAAUAAUCUCUGCACACUCACUUUUGAAGUUGCUCUUACCUUAGAAUGACCAUGCGAAUAUACAAAUGUUUAUGAAUAAUUUUGUCUGUACACAUUCAUAACCAUUUUUGCCCUCAAAAUCUAUAUGUGGGUGCAGCUGAAUUCCUCUUGCAUACCGUGGGUCUAUGAAAAGCUUUGUGUAAACUGAAGAGCAUCCCAAUUUCUGUAUUUUUGUAUAUAUUUUUUUCAUCUGAGUCCUGUAAUGAUAAUCAUGACUGCAAGUUCAAAACUG